GGCAGCAGCCACCCAAUGUCCUCAGUCCCAGAGAAGGCGCAGCAACACGGCGGCCACAGCAGCGGCAGCAGCGGCGGCGGCGGCGGCUCAGCCAUGGACCCCGCCUCGUCCACCACCUCGAAGGCCAAGAAGACGAACGCGGGGAUCCGGCGGCCGGAGAAGCCGCCCUACUCCUACAUCGCACUCAUCGUCAUGGCCAUCCAGAGCUCGCCCACCAAGCGGCUGACGCUCAGCGAGAUCUACCAGUUCCUACAGAGCCGCUUCCCCUUCUUCCGAGGCUCCUAUCAAGGCUGGAAGAACUCGGUGCGCCACAACCUCUCGCUCAACGAGUGCUUCAUCAAGCUGCCCAAAGGACUGGGCCGCCCGGGCAAGGGCCACUACUGGACCAUCGAUCCGGCCAGCGAGUUCAUGUUCGAGGAGGGCUCCUUUCGCCGGCGGCCCCGCGGCUUCCGAAGGAAGUGCCAGGCGCUCAAGCCCAUGUACAGCAUGAUGAACGGGCUAGGUUUCAACCACCUCCCCGACACCUACAGCUUCCAGGGCUCAGCCGGGGCCAUCUCCUGCCCUCCCAACAGCCUGGCCUUGGAGGGCGGCAUCGGCAUGAUGAACGGCCACUUGCCGGGCAACGUGGACGGCCUGGGCCUGCCAGGCCACUCGGUGCCCCACCUGCCCGCCAACGGCGGCCACUCCUACAUGGGCAGCUGCGCUGGUUCGGCGGGCGCCGAGUACCCGCACCCCGAGGGCUCUGUGUCCGCCUCCCCGCUGCUGGCCAGCGGCGGGGUCAUGGAGCCGCACUCCGUGUACUCCGGCUCCGCCUCCGCUUGGCCGCCUUCGGCCUCAGCAGCGGCGCUCAACAGCGGUGCCUCCUACAUCAAGCAGCAGCCCCUGUCCCCCUGCAACCCUGCCGGCAAUCCCCUGUCGUCCAGCCUCCCCACGCACUCCCUGGAGCAGCCUUAUCUGCACCAGAACAGCCACAAUCCUGCCGAACUACAAGGAAUCCCUCGGUAUCACUCCCAGUCGCCAAGCAUGUGUGACCGAAAGGAGUUCGUCUUUUCUUUCAAUGCUAUGGCCUCCUCCUCGAUGCAUUCAGCAAGUAGCGGGUCUUAUUAUCACCAACAAGUGACCUACCAGGACAUCAAGCCCUGUGUUAUGUGAUAACUGGGAAGGCAGCCCUGCGGCGACACAAAAGGCGCCCCCUUCUCCAUUACAGGGUGAAGGAACCGCUAAAAACUGAAGAAAAAAAGAAAGAAACUGAUUAAUUCUUGAGGUAUAAGCCAUCAGCAGGAGACUAAGAGUUUGGCCUUUGGGACCAACUGGGAGAGGAUAUCCGAAGGUCGGUGUUGAAAGCAGUCUCUAACUCCUGCUCCUCAUCCCCACCUCCGCCCCCAGGCUCCAAUUUCCAUUUCUAGUGUAGAUUGGGACCUAGUCUGACUGUCAGUAUUUGAGAAUCGAUGUUCAGAUCCUUUUGGAGCGAACCAGCCCCACCGGAUCCGGAUGGCAAGGUGCUGUGUUUGGGGAACCCCCAAAACCUGUGAGGAAAAAUCUGCUAUUUUUUUUAACCU